AUUUGAAUUGAUAGUUAGAAACUACGCGGGGGGUCUUGUUCACAUGUGCUUCGUCUGCGAAGACAAGUUUGGCCUUAUAUUCUUGAUAUUUGGAAGAUAUCUGAUCAGCCAUGACAUCAUUAGCCCAGCAGCUUCAGAGGUUGGCAGUACCUGAAGCUAGAGCUGCAGUUGCCGCUCAGAGGAAAGACAGAAGGUCAUUGCUCUUUGAUCCUGCUGAGGCUGGUGGACUAGACAAAGACACCUACUAUGCCAUUGGUGUCAAUGGUUUACAAGAACUCCAGGGCAUUGAUCCUCGCUUCCAAGAUUUUGAGAGUCUCCUAUUCGACGAGGCAUCCAAGUCGUUGGAACGUUCCAUUGAGAGUAGGGCAAUGAAUGAUAAACUCGACAAGAAGAUCGGCAGAUUUUUGCUGAAUGUCUCUCCCUACUUCCUACUGAAACCAGCUCAAAAGGCUAUAGAAUGGCUAGUUUAUAGAUUUCACAUCCAUGAUUAUAAUACUGAUGAGCUGAUGAUGUGCGUCCUACCCUACCACGAAACCAAGAUCUUCGUGAGAGCUGUUCAGCUUCUCAGCCUCAAAAAUAAGAAAGGCAGGUGGAAUUGGUUGGAACCUAUUCAGAAACCAGGUGUGAGUCUGUCAAGGCUGUCUCUUGUCACCCACUGCAUUUCUGAUGGAGGAUUUCUUCAUUUCAUCUGUGAACUCCCUCUCCUUGCUAUCAAGGCUCACAAGAAGACGGUUCUUCCUGGAGGUUCUGCUCAGCAAACCUCCAACGCCCCUCUGCGUGUCAUGUUCUCCUUCUACGCCGCCACAGUUGUCUCAGCCAUCUCAACUCCGGGAGCGGUCAAGGAAGCUUUCUUGGCAUCCAUCUUGCCGUUCCUCCUCAGAGGUCUGAAGCUGCACUAUCAUGAUUAUAAUGGGGCUACCUAUAUGAUCAUCUGUCAGCUUGGUGUGUCUGCUACACUGAAAGUCACCCUCCUGGAACCACUCAUGGAGGCCUUAUGCCAGCAUGUGAGUCCUGAGAUGAUCCAACAGAUGUUAGGUUGCUUAGCUGUGCUAUGUAGAACACAGAACCUUAAACAGCUUCCAGGAAAAGUGAUGUUCCAGAUCUGUGCCUUGCCCAAGUUCUUGAUCUCCCUUGCUCAGCUGUCCAAGUCGCACAACAUCACCCCUCUACUCUCUGCCCUGCUCCCCCAGCUGACUACCACAGCUAUCAAUGCAGAAGUCAGUGAGGAUGAUCAAUUUCCAGAGGGGUGCGAAGAACUGGAUCUACUUGCCUCCUUGACUGGGAUACUGAGAGAGAUCCACAUAGAGAGCCAGAUUGCUGUCAACAUUGCAAGGUGCCUUCUCCAUGGGUAUGUUUCUGCAUGUACCAAUGGUCUUGAUGACGACAGCAGGAGAGAGCUGAGAGAGAAAAUUGCCCCAGUAGUCCAAGGCUUAGAAAGAAGGUUUCCUGAAGCAAUGGAUUUGAUUCUUGAGUCUUAUCUGGCAGACGGUGACAAUGAUGAUAAGCAGACUUACGUCCAGGAUUUUGUCUCCAUGUACUCGGGUGGCAUGAAACAUCAGCUUCUACCUGAAUCUAACACCAGUCUUGUAUUGAGUCUGAACCAUGCAAAUCCUGAUGUGAGGAGAAUGGCCGUUAAUCACAUCCAAAAUAUUAUUCAACAGGGAGGAGAAUUAGAUUCAUUUUUCCAGGAGAGCCUUCUUCAAAGACUACAGGAUGAUUCUGCGUCCGUAGUAGCAGCUGUUCUACAAAUUGGUGAGAGCCUUUGUGAGUUGGUUCCAGUGGAUCCAAUGUUUGCUGCUCUCCAGAAACUCCUCAACAAGAAGAAGAAGAGACAUGGAAAUGAUUGGGGCAGCAUGGUCAAAGGAGCCAUCAAAAUCAUCACCAGCCAAUCAUUCAUCACCAAGGCCCCUCAUCUGGUUAAUGAUGCAGUUGCCAUGACGAUACCGUACAUCUUCAUCGCUGCCCAAGCAAACUUGGGUUUAGAGUCUGGGGUGAGAGCUGACAUAGCUGGAUCUCACUUAGUCAGUAGUCAUCUGAUGAUGAAAGGCUUGAAAUCUGUCUUGUCUUCCAAGAAGAAAGUGAAUGAAAGUCUCGUCACAACCAAGAUUCUUGAUCUGUUUGGUAAGAACAUGGCUGCCAUGAAGCAAGAAGAUAUGGACAAGACGGUUUCAUCUUUGCUGUCCCACCUGGAAGCUACGUCCAAACCUGAAGCCUUCAGACUGAUCGUAGUGACCGUCUUCUUACGAACCCUGCAACAUGUCCAUGGUGGUGAAUCCAAGCUCUACAUGGCUCGCAAACUUCUUGCAGUGCUGGACAUCGAUGCCAUGAAAACAUGUCAGAAGAGUGUUGAGCUCAUCAAGUUGGAGCAGGGGGAGGGUUCUGAAGAGCAAGAUGGCCCCCUCCAGCCAACAGGUGUUCCAUCUACUGAGCUCCCUCCCCAGCUACACACUCACCUGUCAGCCUUGCUCACUGUGAGGAGGAAGCACCGCGUUGCUGGCACGGUGUAUCUCUAUUCAUCUCAGGUACAAGUCAUGCUGUGGGCACUGGAGAGCAUGGUGCUCUCUCUUGCACCGUCGGUGUCGGCCCUUGCACCCGAUUCGAAAUGGUGGUUGCCUGGAACGAAGAAAGGUCCUAUUGGAGGUCAGUAUGUGACCUUUGUACUUCAGCUUGUUGACCUUUUGACACAAGGGUCAUCUGAAUGUCAUUUGAAGGACGGAACCAAGCAGGAAUUUAGGGAUAUUGUACACAGUGUCAUCAAGAAUCUAUUCAGUGAUUCCACAAACUUCUUGAAGCUGCUCAGUAUUGGAUGGAUUGGUCAUGUGAUACCCUCUCAGCCAAUGGGAUUCAAGCCUUCUCCACUGUUUCAAGUCCGGUGUCUGGGUAUGGGUGCAGCAAUCUUUGAUUCCAUGGAGCAAAAUGAACUCAAUUCUCUGUUGGGGAGGGAAAGUUUUGUCCUUUCCUGUCUCCUGAUGGCGUUGUCCAGUCACCUUGAACCAGUCAGAUCUGUUACAAUCAGAUGCCUUCAGACAAUACAUGAUGGUUGCCAUGGUGAUGGUGUUACUCCGUACCAUUGGCUUAUCCAGAGAUUGCUCAAGAAGAAAGAAUCUCUUGAAAUAGAUUCAAGAUACAUUAAACAGGCACUUCGGAACUCCCUCAUGAAAGCCAACAAGUUACCAGUUGUCACAUUCCCAAAGCAGGAGAAAACUACACCCGAUGUGAAAGGAGCUUCUUCCGUACAGGCAAAGCAAUGCUUGGAAUGGAUCUUGGACUAUAUCAGGCAAGAGGGCAUUCCACAUCUUGCACAGAGGGCUCUUCUGCAGCUCCUUGAUGAGGUGGAUUCAGAAACUGUCCUGUCGUCGCUUCUUGGUCUGCUACAAGAGCUCCUAGUUCAGGCCUUUGUUGAAGAGGGCUCUCUCAGUGUUGAUCAGACUCACAGUUUGCAGUGUAUCGUGAGUCACAUGACCCCUGCGACGGCCCACCUGAUGUCUGAUCAGAAGAGUCUUGACCUUCUACUGGAGGUGCUGAGUCGAGAGAAGCCGGUCUGUGAAGGGCUGGCUUCACCAUCAGAGAUGGCGCUAAAACAGAUUACCGGAGCAUUCUUUGAGGCACUUCCUUCCUCUACCACCCAACAGGCCGUACUAGCUAGACUGAUCGACCUGCAAGUUGACACAAACAGUUCAUCUACAGCCAAUCAUCUGGCAAAGGUCAUCAAGAAGCUGCCACUGAACGGAACACAGGUUGUGAAAGAGCUUAGUCAGAUUACUGCUGGCCAGAAACCUAAGACUGUCAAAGAUGCAAGAAGAGUAAGGCAAAAGUCAAAGGACUCCAGCACCGAAGAUGCAUCGCAGACGGCGUCAAGCGAGGGCCGGAAGUGGCAGAGGGUGAUGACGAUCUUGGAGAAUCUACAACAGAGGAAACUGGGAAAGAUGGAAGGCAGGCAUACCAUUGUACCUGCUCUCUUUAACAUUCUCAAUCUGUGCCUAGAUCUACCAGCCACUGAUCAGGGAUCUGCAGAAUACAUCAAGCAACUUCUCCUCACCACCAUUCUCAAUAUCUGUGAUCAUCUCGGUGAUACAGAGGGAGAAGAAACAGGUCCACUGAUAACAGAAGAGCAGUUCAGCGUUGAGUUGGUGGUGCAAUGUAUCCGUACCUCAGACAAUCCCCAAACACACAACCAUGCUUUGCUUCUACUGGCUACAGCUGCUAAGCUUUUCCCUGUUGCUCGAUUUUUGUGGAUUGGUGAGUGGGGGCAUCCAUUCACCUUUCUGAUAGCAUUCAAUCUUCCCUGUUGGAUUCCCAAUGUUAGCUGUACAGUCCAGGGAAACCCAGUUUCCACCCAUAUCAUUACCUUCCACACAUACUGCCUUUCCCGGAGGGUAGGUGACCUCAAGCCAAAUCCUCCAUGUAAGAUCAUCUAAUAUCCUCCCAUCCUUGUAUACAAACAAGAUGUAUGUCCCCUGAUCAUCUAUGAUUAUAUUGCUUAUGGUCAGAUCUAUAGAACAUUCAUUUGUAUCAUUUUCAUUUUUAAUCGUAAAUCGAUUGACCUGAGAUUUUAGCAGUGAUGGUGAUAAAUCACUUGACCGAUAAAUUGGCAAUCUAUUUGACUGCUGUAGUGUCACUUUUGAUGUGUUUAUACAUGGAUAUGGAAAUAUGAGGGUAGCUUCCUGCCCUUCUGUUCUUGUUAAUUGUGUGGAUUCACAUCCA